AUGCUUAGCGAAUCUCCUAGUGACAAGGAAAAUAUGAUUGCGGAAGUCGAUCCUGAUAAGAAGCAAUUUGCAGGCGAUAAUGAGGUGAUUGAGAUCGAGGAUGAUCCCAUGGAGGUGGAUUUAGAUGACGACGAUGACGAUGACGAUGAUGAAGAAGAUGAAGAAGACGAUGAGGUUGUGAUUGUGGAUAAUCCGACCAGUGUCAAGCAAACGACUUCACAACUUCCUGCGGCUAAUCAGUUCAAGGAGUUAGCCGACCGGUUGAUGAAGCCAUUGCCAGACUAUCCGGUAAAAGAGCAGGCGUAUAAUGUUUGGGAAAUCAAGGAUUGGUCUGCGUUAAAAGACGAUAAAAUUAGAGGCCCUAAGUUUACAUGUGGAGGCUACGAAUGGAACAUCUUGUUAUUCCCCAGAGGUAACAACAACAACCAAUUGUCGCUUUAUAUAGAACCACAUCCAAUCAAUCUUCCUGGGGAAGAGAAGAAGCAGUGGUACGUUUGUGCUAAGUUUGGUUUAGACUUGUGGAACCCAAAUGAUCCAACAGCUCAUUACUCUAGUGGCUCAUAUCAUAGAUUCAAUGAAAACGAAACCGAUUGGGGGUUUUCAUCAUUGAUUGAUUUAAGACAAUUGAAGUCUGUUUUGAAGGAUCACAAGCGUCCUAUCUUGGAAAACAACCAGAUCAAUAUUACUGCUUAUAUUAAAGUCAUCGACGACUCAUCCACCGGAGUAUUGUGGAGUACCUUUGGUGACUAUGAUUCGAAAAAGAGUACAGGGUAUGUUGGUUUGAAUAAUCAGGGGGCUACAUGUUAUUUAAAUUCAUUAUUACAAUCCUAUUUUACAACAAAAAUAUUCAGGAAAUUGGUAUACCAAAUUCCAAUUGACUUAAAUAAAAAUUUGUCCUCCGUUGCAUUCUCAUUACAAAAAAUAUUUUAUCUUUUGCUGAAUUCCAAUGAGCCUGUCGGAACAUUGGAGUUAACAAAAUCGUUUGGUUGGGAUUCUUCUGAUGCAUUUACCCAACAUGAUGUUCAGGAGUUGAACCGUAUUUUGAUGGAUAAAUUAGAAACUGCGAUGAAAUCUACUCCUAUCGAGAGUUGUCUAAAUGAUAUCUUUGUGGGUAAGAUGAAAUCCUAUAUCAAAUGUUGCAAUGUUCCUUACGAAUCUUCUCGUGUCGAGGACUUCUGGGACAUUCAAUUAAAUGUUAAGGGCUUCAAGAACUUACUGCAGGCAUUUAAAAAUUAUAUUGAAAUUGAAAUGUUAGAAGGCGAGAAUAAAUACCAAGCAGGUGAUGAAUAUGGUUAUCAAGAUGCUAAAAAGGGUGUGGUCUUUGAAUCAUUUCCACCUGUCCUUCAUUUACAAUUGAAAAGAUUCGAAUAUGACUUCAUGGUGGAUGACUUAGUAAAGAUUGAUGACUUCUAUGAGUUUCCAGACUCAAUUGACUUAAAGCCGUACCUUGAUGAAGAUUUGCCUACAGAAGUCAAAAAUGGAAACUGGACUUAUAAGCUACAUGGUGUUUUGGUACAUCAGGGUAGCAUUUCUAAUGGCCACUAUUAUGCUAUGAUCAAACCAUAUGCAAAGAAAGAUACUUGGUUAAGGUUUGAUGAUGACAAGGUUUGGAAAGUUACACCUUACCAAGUUUUCCAAGAAAAUUUUGGUGCCAGAGAAUUGUCACCACAAGAAUUUGCUAAAUUAUCAAGAGUCGAUCAAAAUGAAAAUUUGGUUAGAAGGGCAACUUCUGCUUAUAUGUUGGUUUAUUAUCGUGAAUGUGAAUUAGAUAAGAUCUUGCCUGAAGAUGAGGAGUCGAUUAACAAAGUUAUACCCAGUACUAUUUCAAACCAAAUAGAAAAUGAACUAAAAGAAUUGGAGAGUAUUGAAAAGGCUAAACAAGAAGCGUUGUAUUAUUUAAAUGUUAAAUUUGUUACUCUGAAGAAUUUUAACAACUUUAAUGGUUUUGAUUUAUAUCCUGAUCCUACAAUUCAAAAAUUGUAUGAUGAAUCUUUAGUUGAUGAAAAUACAGUACCUAUUACAUUAAAGGUUAAAAAGGAUGAUAGCUUUCUAAGCCUAUAUAAAUUGAUUGGAACUCAGCUAGGUUACAUUAGUGAUGACACAGAUACUAAUACCAAAGACUUUGUUAAGGAUCUACCAUUUAGAUUGAUCUUGAUCAAUCAUCGUAAUAAUCAUACAAAUAGAACUGAUGCACCUGUUCCAGAUGAGUUAAUGGAUGCCACAAUUAAUUCUAUAUAUUUAAAGUGCUUUAAUAGGAAAUACGAUGAGAUGGUAUUCUAUGUGGAAGAAUUGAACAAGGAUUUGAAAAAUAUAAACAAAUUAAUUAAAGCUGAUUCCAACCCACCUGAGAAUUUUUCUUUUAAAAAAGUCUUUCAAAAUCUUGAUUCAGUUCAGCAUUUGAAAUCGGGCCAAUUCAAAUUUGAUGAUAUUUCGGAUCAAACAUCGUACAAGACAAUAUUCUUGAAAUAUUUUGAUCCUAUUUCGAAUGAUAUUAAAGGUUUAACACAUAUUACUGUCGUCAAGGAUGAUAUUAUUGAUUCAUUGACUAAGCCUGUCAACAAGUUGUUAGGAUUCCCUGAAGCAACAGUGUUGAAUUUUUAUGAAGAAUUAUCUCCAUUGAAAAUUGAUAGUAUUGAUCCAGCUGUUACCUUUGAAAAGCAAGAAUUAAGUAAUGGGGAUAUUAUAUGUAUUGAGGUUAAUGACAUUGAUAAAAUUCCAAUAGGCGGCAAACAUGCCAAUGCUAAAGAAUAUUAUAAAUUCCUUUUCACUAGGUUACAUAUUCAAGUAAAACCUUUUAAGGCUGAUGAAGAAGAAGAGGAUAGUGAUUUUGUUGUUGAUGAGAAUGAUGUUGAAAAUAAUGAUAAUGAUACUCUGACUGGUCCAAAUAAAAAGGGUGUAGAGAAAGCACACAAACAUAAUGCUGCCUUUGACCUUUGGAUUUCAACUCAAUAUAGUUACAAUGAAUUAGCCAAGGAGUUAGCAAAUAAGUUAGGAAGCCAUAUUGACCCAGAGUACUUGAGGAUUUUCAUAGUGAAUUACCAAGGUGUCAGAUAUCCUUUGAAAACUUCAAACCAUUUAUCACAGUUCUUCGCAAAGCUGGUGCCGGUUUCACAAAUAACUACCUUUGAGUACGAAGUUUUAAACAUUACGUUGAACGAAUACGAGAAUAAGAAGUCAAUUAAGAUUUACUGGUUGAAUAAUAUUAUUCAAAGCCAAUUAUUUGACUUUCUUAUUCCUAAGGAUGGUACGAUAUACGAUUUAAUGAAUAAGCUAUUAAAUAAGGUUAAUGUUCCAGAAAAUCAAUUAAAUAAUAUCUUGGUGUGGGCCGGGCAUGAUCAUAAAUAUACUGAGUUGAUUAAAUUUGACAGAUCGAUUGAUUCUAUUAAUGAUAACUUUGAAUUGUAUGCUGGAAUUUUCCCAAUCGAAGUGGAGAUAUUGGUAAACUAUGAUAUGAUUAAAAGUUUCAAUGAUAAGCCAAUUAAUAUAGUUGAUAUUGAAGACGAAGAUACUAAGCUGGAACUUUUAAUGGCCAGAAACUUUUCUAAGAAUUUAAACAUGAUUCCUGUGUUUCAUUUUUACAAAAACAGUAAUUACCAUCAUGGUAUACCAUUUGUUUUCCCUGUUUACCCAAAUGAAAAGUUUGCCGAUACAAAGAAAAGACUUCGUAAGAAGUUGGGCUUGGGUUUGCAAGCAUUCGAAAAAGUUAAGUUCGCUCUAGCAGAUUGCAACGACAAGGGUUGUUAUAUUGAACAAGGGAACCAUGAUUUAGUAUUAUACGACGAAAUCGGUAAAUAUGAAAAUUCUGUUUCUUUGGCUAUAGACCACCCUGAUAGAUCUCCUCGUCGGAUUUCUCAAUUUGAUAAAGGUAUUUCAAUUAAGUGA